AUGGCUAACGCUACAGGACCUCAAGUGGCUUAUUAUGGACAACAGUUGGGCACAUUCGGGUACCCUGAGGGCAUGACUGUCGUGGACUUUGUACCAGACACCAUUAAGCAUAUGGUACACGAACACUGGUACAACUACCCCCCAGUCAAUCCCAUGUGGCAUUACCUGCUCGGUGUGGUCUACAUUUUCCUCGGUUUUUUCUCCAUCACUGGCAACUCUCUCGUCAUUUACCUGUACACGAAGGCGCCGCAACUCAAGACUCCCGCCAACAUGCUGGUCGUCAACCUCGCUCUGUCUGACCUGAUCAUGUUGACCACAAAUUUCCCAGCUUUUGCGUACAACUGUUUCAAUGGCGGAAGGUGGAUGUUCAGCGCCCAGUUCUGCGAGAUUUAUGCUGCUCUCGGCGCUGUGACCGGCGUCUGCAGCAUCUGGACACUUGGAAUGAUUUCAUGGGACAGAUACAACAUCAUCUGCAACGGUUUCAAUGGCCCCAAGCUGACCCAGGGCAAGGCAAUGCUCAUGUGCCUCUUCUGCUGGGCCAUGGCCAUUGGCUGGGCUCUCCCCCCCUUCUUCGGCUGGGGCAAGUACAUUCCCGAGGGUAUCCUGGACUCCUGCAGUUAUGAUUACCUCACGCAGGAUUUCAACACAAGGAGCUACAACAUGUGCAUCUUCAUCUUCGAUUACUGCCUGCCUUGCUUCAUCAUCGUGCUUUCCUACGUGUUCAUCGUGAAGGCCAUUUUUGCCCACGAAGCUGCCAUGCGUGCUCAGGCUAAGAAGAUGAAUGUGUCCAACCUCCGUUCCAAUGAAGCUGAGGCCCAGCGAGCUGAAAUCCGCAUUGCCAAGACUGCAAUUGCAAACGUGUCUCUGUGGUUGCUGUGCUGGACCCCCUAUGCAGCUAUCACAAUUCAGGGCGUGGCUGGAAACCACUCCAACAUCACGCCACUGGUCACCAUGCUGCCUGCUCUGCUUGCAAAGUCUGCCUCUUGCUACAAUCCCUUCGUGUAUGCCAUCAGCCACCCGAAGUUCCGACAGGCUAUCACCAUCCACAUGCCUUGGUUCUGCGUCCACGAGGUUGAGAAAUCCGGCGGCGACGACACCAAGUCCAACAGCACAGUGGCUAACGAAGAGAAAUAA